CACAGGCCCCUUGCUAAGCCCUGCUGUGUCUGUGCCUGCUGCCUUCUGAAACACAGAAGGGGGCAAAUGGGUGAAGGAGAAGUAUGAAGUGUGGGUGCAGUAGCAGAAUGGACCUGAGACAACCAUCCCCACCCACCCAGAUACCAACACUGCUUCUAUCUCCUUCUCUUCCAGUUCUCUGCCGUGGGAUCACCAAACCGGAAACAUCUUGACAAAUUAGUAUGAUAGCUGCUAUGUCGGGAGAGAGGAGGAAUAAUUCCAUCCAGUUAAUGUCCAGGGAAAAGGGAGAUAAAUGGUAAAUGUGCGCAUCACUUCUCGUUGCGUGCAUCCGUUGUGUGGGUUCUUGGAGAGGGUGCGUGCACUCCGUGUGAAUGCCCGGGAAAGGCCCCGAAGGCAGCCUCCUAUAACCCAACCCUCCCUGGACCUUCCACCGAGCAGCCAGUGAAAAGAUAAGAUUUCUCAGCAGAUGCAGAACAAGAGGGGACAUUUGAUGCCUGCUUUAUUCAGUCACCAGUAAUCUCUCUUGCAUCACUCACUUUUGUUAGAAUUGACUAAUAGGCAACAUGCCUUCACUUGAGCCCAGCAGAUAUAAGCACCGUCCUUACAGGCUGGCUUCCUGACCGAGGACAGGGAGUGGCAGGCAUGGGGCACUCUGGCCGCCAGUUCCAAGCCCUGCUCUGGAAGAAUUGGCUCUGCAGACUCAGGCAUCCGGUCCUUUCCCUUGCUGAAUUCUUCUGGCCAUGUCUCCUGUUCAUGAUUCUGACAGUACUUCGUCUUCAAGAACCUCCCAGACACAGAGACAAUUGUUACUUGCAACCCCGGGAUCUGCCUAGCCAGGGCGUUCUUCCCUUUGUCCAAGGCCUUCUUUGUAACACGGGGUCCAGGUGCAGAAACAUCAGCUAUGGAGGGUUGAUGGAGCACCAUCUUCGCUUGUCUAGGUUCCAAACUACAACUGACCACAAGAAGGUCAACAGUCUUGCCUUUUUAAAAGAGAUACAAGACCUGGUCGAGGAAAUUUAUAGAAUGAUGGACAAGGCAAAAAACUUACAAAAACUUUGGAAAGAACGAUCCAAGACUACAGAUUCUUCUUAUGGUUCCAGUUUUUUAACAAUGGAUCUCAAUAAGACUGAGGAGGUCAUAUUAAAACUGGAAAGGCUCCACCAGCAGCCUCACUUCUGGGAUUUUCUACUUUUACUGCCGAGACUACAAGCAGACGUUGUAUCCCCGGAGGAUGGCGUGCGCGCUGUGGAGCACUUGCUGCAGACGGUUUUGAAGUAAGUGAAAAAGGGAAAUAUAACUAAGGUUCGGUGAGUUAGUUUUUCUUUCUCAUUUUCUGCAUAAGAAGUAAAAAUUACUGAGCAAUUGUUUGGUUGGAAAAAAAACACCCGUAAUACAACAGGAGCUCCUGCACCUCCACGUCUGUCCCUGGGCUGUCUGUGUCCGUAUUUCAUCAAGGGGCAGUGAUGUUGUUCAGAGUAUAUCCUCCCUGCUUUAAACAUUUAACAUUACAUUAUUAAUAUUUCAUAUGUUAUGGUCUACAAAUAAUAAUUUUUAAUGGCUGCAGAAUAUUCCCAUUUGGUAAAGUAUCGUAUAUCAUAAUUUACUUCAUAAUUUUAGCAUUGGACUUUUGGUUGUUUUUAAGCUUUUCACUAUUAGAGAUGUGACUAUAAAAAUUUUAACUAAUUUCUUAAUAUAUCAUGCCAUAGUUGUCCAAAAUAACAUUUGACUGAUCAGCUCUGUUGUUCAAGUUGUAUAAUUCAGCAAGUUGGAUGUUGGUUUGGUGUGACGGAUCUGGCCCCCAUGAUACCUGAAGAUUACGUUUGGGAAGACCCUUUCCCAUGGUGGAUUUCCCAUUCUUUAAUCAGCAUUGUCUUCUUUCUUUAAAAUUUUGAAUUAUUUUGUGUAAACUCAUUGUAGGAAUACAGUAUUUUAUCAGCAAAAGUUUAUAUUCUUUUCAGAUUUUUAAUUGUUACUUAUUUUAGCUGCCAUCAGUGAGAACAACCUGCACUGCCCUCAGGCCAGGAUGAGAGGGGCCCUGUCCUGGGCCCUGUACUUCAGUGGUCCCUGCCCUGGCCUUCCCCAGGCUGUGCCUCUGCUCAUGGCUCAGGAAGCCCAUGGGGAGAAGCGGAUGUGUCCGCAGAGCACACAGCCCCCGACUCCCUCUCACCCUGGAAUUCCCUACCGCAAUGUCCAGAGCCCACUUCCAGAGCCUGUGCUGGCCUCUUCCCUGGUCCGUCUCUCUGAGGGCAGGUCUUACGGUGCAAUGUGCAUCCCCAGCCUCAGGGGCGUACAGGGACAGCUGCGGCCAUUGGCAGGAGUGUGGGUGGUGCCCGGCCCUGUAGCUGGAGUGCCCGCACAUGAGCACUGAGGCCCCUUGAGGUACAGACAGAGCUGAGGUUGGGAAACAAGUGGGGAUGGGGUGGGCUGAGGGUUGGGGCCAGGGCUGUGAGCUCCCCAAAACCCCACACUCUGGAGCACAGCUCUGAGGAUCAGAAAAUUCUAAAUUUGAAUGUGGCUUUCCAAGUUGUUAUGAAGAUGUAUUUGUCAAUGUAGGAAAAUGGGACAUAUUUUGAUAAUCUGUUAGCCUGAUUUAUAACUUAAAUACUUGAAUAUAUUUGCUGUGUCUCCCUUUGUAUUCUUGCUCUAAGCCCUGAAUAUAUUAGCAGUGGAAAGUGAGAACAAUCAGGUAAUCCUGAGACAGGAAAAUUUGAAAUUAGAAGAUAUUGAUGACAGUUGUUGGACCAUAUCAGCUUCAGCAGAAAUUUUAUUUCUAUUUUUUGCUUUGGUGACACAGCAUCAAGAUAAUCUACGUUCACAGAGAUAAGUAUCUGCAAGUGGCACCAGUUUUCAAUAAUAUAUCUUGUAAUCUUAGGAUACUCUUCAAUACAUAAAGAUGCCACGAGAGAUUUUCCUUAAUGAGAAGCUAUACAAAAUAAACUGUCUGGAAGCCAAACUUAUGGUUGUGUGGUCUUAUUUUGCCAAACUGUAGGUGUAUUCCAACUUCAGUUGAUUGUAUUUUGUAAUCCACAAGUUGAAG